UGCAGUAGUGGGUUCUGGCUGUUGCGCACGUGCGUGUGUGUGGUGGCAGCAAUGUGCACGCUUCAUGAUGUCGAUUUCUUUAAAGACAAUUACUGUUGUAUGUGCACGGAAAUCUAUUGUUUUGCGGGACGGCUAUUUUACGGCUUUGCCAGAGCUUAAGUUCUAGCUGUUUUUCAAACUGCAUAUCUGAUCGCUAAAGUUCCCUUUCUCUUGUAGAGACCACAGUCUCGGUCAACGUAUCGUAAAGAGCAUUAAUGGUUUGGGUCUUUUCCGGAAAGCAACUAAAGUGCGAUUACUCCAGGAUCAAAAGUUAUGCGACAUGUAUUACGUGUAACGUACUUUGUUUGUGCUGCCCAAUAUUGUGUACUUGUUUCAGUAUAGUCACUUGUAUACGUGUAUUUUAGGAUCGUUAAAUGAAAAUGGCAAAUUCUUUGACAAAGCGCCUUGGGAAGCGGUCAGUGUUUGGAUCCCGAGUUGAUCCCUUAAACACUCCGGGAGAUGGUAUGUUAUUUCCAAGCCAUUCUGUGACACAGCUGGAGUCCAAUGGUGUUCUGUGUUAUGCUUCUGAUGUACGACACAACGAACGUGUCAGUAAAGACAACACUGGAACAGUCUUGCCGACUCGAAGCAAACUGUACCCUGGUCAGAAAGUGUACAUUACAUACAACGGACAAGAGCUCAGUGGUGUUGUUGAACAACACAAUCAUGUGGAUGAUGAAGUGACUGUGUUUGUACCACAGCUGGGGGACCGCACCUGCAGAAAAUUUGAGGAUGUGCGCCUUACUGAGAUGCAGAGGCCAUCUGUUCUGUGCCGUCAUGAAAGCCACCGCCCUAGCAAUACAACAUCUGUAAUUGUGGGGCCACAGAAUCGAUCCACAUCAAGUAACAUUGAUGUGCCUAAAAGGAAUGAAGAGUCUGUGGAUAUGGAUGAGAUGAUGGCAGCGAUGGUGUUAACCAGCUUGUCGUGUAGUCCUGUGGUGCAGAGCCCGCCACACACAGAAAGUGGCACAACAUUCCAGAUCCCUGAAGGCUCGUGGAAGGAAAGUGGAGACAUUUCAGACAGUGGCUGCAGCACUGCCAGUGGACAUUGGAGUUGUGGGAGCGCAUCCCCUACAUAUACAGAUGGACUCCCUAGUGAAGCAUCUGGUUCACCCCAUAGGGACGAUGGGUUUGAGACUGACUUGGAUUCAGUCCUCUUUGACGAGCCUGGCCCAAGGAAGAGGAAGAAUUCCAUGAAGGUAAUGUACAAGUGUUUAUGGCCCAGCUGUGGGAAACUGCUUCGCUCCAUUGUGGGGAUUAAGCGUCACGUUCGAGUCCAGCAUCUUGGACUCAGUCCUGAUUCUGACCAGAAGAAGAGGGAGGAAGAUUUCUAUUACACUGAAGUUCAGAUGAGCUCUGAGAGACCUUUCGCCAGUACUGGCAGCCCCAGUACCACAUCUCCUCCGGUAAUCUUUCAGCAGGCUCCAGUAAAACUAGACAUUCAAGGAUCCGAACACCAUGUCAUGGACUAUCCUCUCACUAGCCUGCUUAGUCAGUCGGCACCAGGCUCCUUUUGGCACAUCAAGACAGAUCACGCCUACCAGGCUGUUGUUCCUAUUCAGAUUCCAGUCACACAUCAGAUUCCUGCAGGAUUUAACUGGACAGUGGCUAGUGCACCAGUUUCUGACCCCUCUCCGGUUCGAAGCCGGUCCCUGAGCUGCAGUGAGCCUUUGCAGCAGCAAGUCACAUCCCCCAAAUCCUCAAUUGUUGCUUCCCCUCCAAGAGCACAUAGUGGUAGCAGAAAAGUUCGUGGUGAAGCCAAAAAAUGCCGCAAAGUUUAUGGCAUUGAGCACCGGGAUCAGUGGUGCACUGCCUGCCGCUGGAAGAAAGCCUGCCAACGAUUUUUGGACUGAAUGUGUUCCUGUGAGAGUAAAUGUCUUGCCAAAUGCCUCAGAGCUACUCAGUGCUGUGAGUAAGGCCAUGGACUGAAUGAAGUUUUAAUGGCCUAACUGGGUCUGACUCAGGAGAGGAGACGAGUUGAGUUUUAGGGGUGGGGAGUGGCUUUUGAUCUUUCUUACAAGAACAAUUGCUGACUGACUCUCUGCCACCCUGUUUUACUUAAGUGGCAAUGGAAACUGCACUAUGAAAACUGGCAGAGCUGUGCUCUGUCGUCUUUGAAGAGUGGAAGAACUGUUGCGCUGACAAUGGAAAAUCUCUGUCCAAAAGAAGCCAUGUCUCAGUUCAAAGGACACCAAAGUAUACCUGCUGACAAAGCUUCUGCAGUUAUAGAACACUGAUGUGCUUCUGAAUGCUGAAGGUUGAAUAUAGCAUCUUGCACUGGAGUUUCUAACCUUGCAUUGUUUUUUAUAGUCCUAUUUUGAACUGUUUCUGUUUAAAAAUGUCUUUGGGAUGGUAAAGUCAUUUAUGGGACCUUUUUCAAUGCUUUCCUAAGUAUGAUGACAUCAUAGAACUUUCUACUGAUUAUUCCAAAUGAGUUGAUUAGGUCUGCUCUGUUCAGUUAAUUGAAAAGAAAGUAAUUUCUCAUUCAUUCCUGUGGGGUUUUUUUCCUGUAGAGGUUUUUUGUUGGUUUGUGACUGGUACAGAGAUGUAUGUUGAUGGUUAAGUAUGUGUUUUCUUCCUUUUGUUAUAAGAUGGCAGCAGACAGAAAUGUUUAUUCUUUAGAUGGGGGCUUUCUGGAGUAGAGGACACUAAUCUUUAUUGCAUGUGUGCAUCAAGUCAUAACUGUAUUGCUUAACAGCUAAGACAUGUGUCCUGUUUGAUUAUGCCUUGCAUUUAAGACUGCCAUUUACUAGGUUCUUUCAUUUAAGUAGCCCUCUCCCAUUUAAAAAAAAAUAAGUAAUUGUGACACUUAGCUUUCAAAUCUGUGGUCAUUCUUGCUAUGGCUUGUUGCACACUAUCCACUUCUCACUGUUGUGAGAAAUGAAAAUGGAAUCCAGCUUCACAGGCUAACCCCAAAAAGCAGCUGUUUGACUCUUGAUAUUUUGAGUGAAACUCUGAAAUGAAAAAGCAUCAGUACAGCUGUGGACUUGCCUGUUUUGUUUAUUUUAAUUACUAAUUUAUUUUCUUAGGCCAAAUUUUUUAAAUGUGUUUUAAAGUAUAAUAUAUUGAAAUUAAGUGCAUAAAAGGCUGUUCAUUGUGAAGUUCAUGCAAAAGGGGACAGAAUCAAGUUCUUCCUACUUUAUUACUACUUUUUGCAGAGGGAUAGUGAUCCAUACUGUGAUGUACUGGCCAGAACUGGAUACUGUGAGGUUUCUUCUGUAUAGCCAGUGUGGGAUAUAUUGUGCAUUCUCUGCAAUUUACCAUAAGUAAACUGUCUGCUAGAAAUGGCUGCAUCUGUUUGACUCCCUUGAGCUUAUAGUGAGUUGUAAGAAUAACUUUACCACAAGACUGUUUUUACUAGUUAAUGAAUUAUGUAUAAAAGAUGUGUGCAGCAGCACCCACAUGUCCAUUUGUUCAGAAGCACUGGAGAGCUUAAAAACUGUUUCACCUGCCUUUAACUCAUGUGUUCUUAAGGCAUUUUGUAUGGACUGUUUUUAUAAUGGCUACUUCAUCCACUUGUACAUAUACAAGCGACCCAGUGGUACUCUGAAGUCAGUGUAGUUUGUUGGGUCUUAAGGUGUGGUACGAGUAAAAAUGUUUUUGUAGCAUUCCUAGGUCCCUUUCAUCAUCGGUGGUGUGUUAGAAUGUAGCUGCUGCACAAUCCUGUUUUCAUCUUGUAGCCAGACUGAGAUUGAUUGUGCUCUAAAAGCUAGAGGUGCAGAAUGUGCCUGACAUCUGAUCUCUUACUUUCUUUCUGUAGUUUCACUAUUUGUCUGUUAAGGGUCUUGCAGUGCUGUUGAGGACAGAGUUCUGUUGCACUGCAUCUGUUCCGGAAAGUCUUGGACAGUUAGUGUGAGCAGUGGGCAUUUGUUGGUUGUACAGAGUUCUGUACAUAGAACACUGUCUAUUAAGCCAUACUUCAAAAGGCUGAAUAUAGAUGUGCUGUAACAAAAAUCUGGUGCUGCCUUCAUCAAGCCGGGCUAAUAAAGCUUCACGUUAAGAAAAAAAAAAUGUGUGGAUGGUAGAAAUAUGUCCGUAACAGAUGAGGUGUGGUGUUCUUUGGAACCCCCUCCCCCACCUUUGUAGGCAAAAAAAGCUGUUCACCCAUCCAGCAUCCUCCACUGUAGUUUUUCAUUUUAUGCUGAAAUUGUUUCCCCUUUGGCACGGGCAUGUACCAAAGUGUACAGCUGCAUGAACUAUAUUGAUGCAGUUCUGUUUUAUGUAAUGUACACAUUUUUAAAAGUUUUCUUUUUAAAGUAGUCUCUCUUUUUCUCAUCUGAUCUUAAUGUGUUUUUCAACUUUUUGCUCUGCUGUUGCCUAGAGAAGAAUGUACGAGUGUCGGUCACAGCUUCUGCCUCAAGUAAAAUAACUGUGUGUGUGUGUGUGUGUGUGUGUGUGUGUGUGUGUGUGUGUGUACAUCCCAGUAAAUGAUGCAGGUUGGUUGAUACGUUAAGUUCUGUUAAUCCAGCUCCUGCUACUGUCUGGGCUCAUCAUGUGACAGCUGUACACAGCUACUGUAAAUGGAGCUGUCAUCUUCCACCAUAUUCCCCUCAUACUUCAGAAGCACUAGUGGUAAGGGACCAUUGCAUGUGUGAGAUCCCUAGUGGUAAGGGAUCAUUGCAUGUGUGAGAUCCCUGAGUAGAGUGAUGAAUGCAGUCCAGAUGUCUAAUGAUAUUCCCCUCAUGCUUCAGAAAUGUGCACUAGUGGUAAGGGACCAUUGCAUGUGUGCGAUCCCCGAGUAGAGUGAACGCAGUCCAGAUGUCUAAUAGGCAGCUGUAGACACACAUUUGUAGUCUCAUGAAGCAUCAUGCACUGCUUACUUUUUUUUGCCAGUAUAGUUUUAUCUGUAGCACCACCUGCCUACCCCAUUGCAUGCCAUAGAACUCUUGCUACCAGCCAUAAUACUGGGCAUAUGACUGUGCACUCUGUACCACUGUGCUGGCAUGUAUAACAACACCAGUGGCACUAAGCUGUUGGGGUGCUAGGUGAGAUCCUCAUCAUGUACACACUGCAUAUAUGUUGGCAUGAAUGGUUCGUUCCUGCCUUUGGGUUUCAGCAGGUCAAGUGCAGUAUUUUGGCCAUAAGACACAUGCCAGGUGAACACAUCUGGACUCUUUCCACCUCUUGGAGUCCUUGUAGAGAUGCACAUUUCUUGGGUUUUCUACAUACUGAAUAUUUUAUCUAAGGCAAUGCCAUUAUAACUUUCCUUGGCAGUAAGUAGGGAAAACUGUUUGCAAGGCAGGAAGCUUUGUACUUGCCCCAUGACCCCAUAUUAAUUUUAUUAAAACUGGAAAAUUUUGCACUCAAAUUUAGCUGUAAAACAGAUUUUUAACAGAAUAAGGAGGAGGAGUUCUGUAUUCUUUUGUUGCACUUUUACUGUGAAACCCUGUGACUGUGUUGCAUGUUACAUAUAGGAAGAGCAUCAGCGUAUUUUAAGUUAAUAGUUAUCAUAUUAGUUUCAUGUUUUCUGUUGGUCUAGAAUGUCAAAAUUAAUUCUUUGUUCAUUUUAUUACUUGGAUAUUUUAAAGAAAGUGUUUUUUCAAAUGUUAGUUUGACUCAAAAUGGACAGAAACCUGUGUGAUAUGCCUAACAAAACCAGCGGUAGGAGUGACACCAUGCACUUGACAACACUGUGAAGCCCUUGCAGAUGCAGGCUUUUCUAUCGUAUAUGUGCACAUGGUACUUGUGGCUUUGUAGAAGUCAGAGCAUGGUUUCAUUCAUUAAGUGUUUCUUGAAAAAGGUGGUUGGUAAACUUUCUGUCGCAUGUAAGUACAAGAUACAGUUUCUGGAGUAUUAAAAUAGUUGUUUAGUAAAACUAUACACAUCUCAAUUUUGAGACAUUGCCCUGUUUUUGGAUGCAUCAUUCACAACCCAGUAUUGAGUUGUGCCUAUAACCUCAGAGCCACCAGUGAGGCAGUUCAGUUUUUACACAGCUGAACAUGUGACCAUGUUUAAAAUGUAUGGAAGCAAAUUUAGAGUGCUGAUGAGGCACCGGUAUCAGCAUAGAUGGAGGGCGCUGCACCUUGCCUUUUUUUUUAAUUAGCAAUUUUGAUUUCUGUUAAUAGCAGUUGGUCAUUGCUGAGCAGAGAGCAUAUGCUUUGGUUUGGUGCAUUCAUCUGCUGCCAUUCUCUUGUUUUGUGAGCCCUGUGUUUUUACCCUUCACAUAACGUGUGUGUGGUGUGUGUGUGUAAGGGUAUUGUAGAUGCCAUUACAUUGUCCGAGACCAAACAUAGUGGUACUCAGUCAGAUAGUUCUGGUUUGUUUUGUAGGCAAAUUCACUUUUUUGGGGGGAAACUUUUUAUUUCUGACAAAUGAUUUCUUCCUCAUGUAAGUCUUAGUUCAGUAAUGCAAGGUCAUGUUCAUACUAUCAGUCUGUGAUUUAAAUGCACCUGCAACACACAUGCACUCACUGUAGCAGGCCUGCAUUAAAUACAUGCACAGAGUAACUGCUUUAGCAUGCAAAAUUUAACUGUAUUAAAUGGUACCGAAGAUAAAAGCUUUAACAUACAAGCCUGAACUAAGUAAACACAUAAGACGCUGAGUACCUUAAGCCUACAAGGCUGCUGGUAUAGCUACACUUGGAACACAUUUAUACUGACUUAUUAGCACUUGUAUAUUUGUGCAGACUGGUAUUCAUCAGAGUAGUAAGUAGUGCUGAAAACUAAGAGGGUAGAGCAUGUGUAGCCAGCUGCUGAAGUUUGUUCAUUUGUGCAGUUUGUGACAGCAUAGCUAACUUCCUAAUCUGACGAGAUCCAGGAAUGCAAGACUAGUUGGUGUAAGCAUCCAUCCAUUCAGAGCAGUGUCUCUUUUUGUACUUUUGUAAUUCUAGUGCAGAGUAACCUUCUGUCUGUGCAGACUGCCCAACUAGCUGGAAAUUAGUGAUGCAGGCCACUCUGUCUCUACCCAGAUGGAGUUUUUUUUUUUUUUUUUUAAUCAGUGCUUUGCAGCUAGGGUUGAAAUUGAAUAGUUUGUUCUAAAGUUUUAAAAUUGUGAAUCUUUCAUUUAUACUCUCUCAUGGUAGUGUUCAGGAGAUAGUCCCACACUCCACUUUCUCACUUUCUGUCCAGUGUGUAUUUUAUUCCUGUUCUGGACACAAGAUUGCCAACAUGUAGGAGAAAUUGUGGCAGAUUAUUUGAUGGUAUGGCGAAGGCAUUAGCCAUUUGCUGUCCUGAUUGUAACUGGUUAAGUCGGUAGGGUGGUAUGUAUAUACAUGUGCGCUUACAGCAGUUGAAAAGUAUUAAACAAAAAAAAAAGUCUGAAUCUUUUUACUUUGCACUCGGAAGGAAUGUGGGAGGUAAGCAAGUGGGAAGUUACCCGAUUGCUGUACAGUACUCUGGUGUUUUAAUUGAGCUCUGUUAUUCACUGUGCUGCUUGUCAGCACAAAAAUGUAUUCUUAGUAUACGUGAAAUUCUGUACAGAAAUGUAUGAUUUAAGAAUUUUUUACUUGCUGAAUUUCCUUGUAAAAAUAAUUUUACUGUGAAGAGGAUAUGAAAAGCACAUCGGAACAAGAUGUUUUUUAGAUGCAGAGAAUAAGAGUGACCUUUGCAGGAGAAGAGGGGUGCUGUGCCCCAUUUUUUUGUGUGGGCUUCCAGUCAGUACUGCUCAGUUUCCAUUCGUUUGUAAAUAUAUAAUGUAAUUCCUUACAAUCUAAUGCAAUAAAAUUUAUUUUACAAAAAUG